AUGUAUUCAGUUCGACGAGAUCCCAAUCAUUCUUACUAUUAUUCACAAUAUUGGACGAUAUCGUGCCAACAACAACAACAACAACAACAACAGCAACAGUUCAUUUUCAAUAGUCGACAAACGAUCAAAACGAAACAUCAAUAUAUUUGGUCAACGAAAUUCCACAAAGAUAAUUCUAGUCUUCACUAUUCAUUGAAUACUAAUAGUUUGAGAUCAAUUGAAUCCGCAAAUAGUCAAGAUCUAUCUUUGCCUGUCUAUCGAGCACCCUGCACAUUUCAAAAUUCUCUACUAACAAGCAAUAAAGAUGGUUAUCCGUGUGGAAUAUCCCAUCGAUCGCCACUUUCAUCGACAUCGUCGUCAUGCGUACCGGAUGUUUAUUCACCGGGUUCGACAUCAAGUGGUAACUGCUCUCCGCCUCCGCCAACAUCUAAUCUACCACCGCCGCCAUCUGAAUGGCUCGAAUGA